UAUUUCCAAAACAUCCUGGCAAAUGUCGAUGCGGGUGCAGUAGAAGUAGAACUGUUGGUGGAUGGCUCAUAUAGGACUGUGAAAAGUGAAUGUGUUGAUGUGGAUUCGGACGCAUCGACAGUCGACGAAAAACCGUAUGAUAGUGGAGUGGCAAGUGGAUCUGGAACGGGUACAGCCCCUCCACCGAAAUGUAAACCCACUUACGAUGACGAUAUCAUUGUGCUUUCUGAUUCGGAUGACGAUGAACAACAAGCAGUCGAGAGAGCUAUCCGUGCCUCAAUAGUGGAAAGCAGUACGGUUCGGCCGGCUAAUCCGCCGUCGUCACCAUCACGUUCUCAUGACAGUUCCAUCAUUAUUCUGGAUGAUGAUAGUCCUCCACGACCGCCUGCCCCACCACCAUCCAACUGGAUGAGCUUCUAUGAUCGUCUUCAGACAUGUAGCAGUACCUCAUCGUCGAUGACACCAAUGUCAUCAUCGCCUGCCCCAUGCACAUUUGCUGCUCCUCCGACAUCAACAAUGACGCUCACUAAUGGUAAUGGGGUGAUGGCAAGUCGUGUACCGACAAUUCAACCACAUAAUGUGCUUGCUGGUCAUCAGAGUAUCUACACCAACAGUGGCGCACUGUCGUACUAUCACCAAUCGCAAUGGAGCCAACCAGCCGCCUCACGCCCACAUUACCCGCCACCACCGACGGGUACCUUGAACGCAGGCGCGUCGUACACGGCGGCGUACAAGCAUUCGCUGGGAAAUUUGAUUGGACGGUAUCAGGCGACGAACAACCCGGCGGGUUUGUCAUUCAACUAUCCGACGGCAGCGCACCCCAACCGCAACAACAACAACAGCAGACGUUCCCAG